AUGGGUGACGCCAAUGGAGAGGCCCCGCUGGGCAUAUGGGCGCAGCGCAAGGAAGCGCGGCGUAAUAUGUACGCGACCAGCACGGACCAGGUGCGCGUACACCGGCGUGGACUGGGGUCGUCGUCUUCCUCGAGCGCCGCUGCGAUGUGCCAGAAGUGUCUGCGACCAGGACAUUGGACGUACGAAUGCAAGAACGAGGCCGUAUACGUGCAACGGCCGUCGCGCUCGCAGCAGCUGCGGAACCCCAAGCUGCGCCAGCCUUUCAACAAGGAUAAACCCCCGGAGUUGCUGGAUAAAGAGCAUCAAAAGGCCGAGAAGGGAAAGAAGCUCAAGCUCAAGCUCAAGGACAAAGCCAAAGCCAAGAAAAAAUCGAAGACCAGCUCGCGAUGUGAGCGGCGCCGUAGCGUCAGUAGCAGUGGCAGCAGCAGUGGCAGUGAUUCAUCUUCAUUGGAUUCGUCAUCUUCUGACUCGGACAGCUCGGACUCGGACUCGUCCAGUGACAGCUCUUCUUCGUCGUCUGGGUCAGACUCGGACUCGUCGGGUAGUGACAGCGACGGCUCGGCGUCCUCGUCAAAUAGUGACCGUAGCUCACGGAGAAGACACCGCUCCAAGCGUCGACGUAGGGACUAG